AUGAGGCUUCUAAUGUCUUCUUCGGAUCAAGAUCAAGGUGAAAUAAAGAGAUUUGCUAAUUGGAAACUUGAUGUUGGAAAUGGAAAUAUUAGUUCUAUUGUUAGUGAUGAAUCAGAAGUUGAAAUUUCAAAUGAUCUAUUUAUUAUAACUUCUGAUGACCAUCUCUCUCAUUUAGUAGACUUUGCAAAUCCAAAUUUGUUGCGAAACAUGUCAGAUUACAGGUAUUUUCAGAGUAAGGCAAUUCUUGCACCCACGCUUGAGUAUAUCGAGAAGGUAAAUGAUUUCGUCUUGACAAUCUUUCUAGGGAUGGAAAACGAGUAUUUGAGUUCUGACACAAUAUGUCAAGCUGAUGAGAAUGAAGAUAUACAACAAGAGUGGUUCACACCAGAGUUUCUAAAUGACAUCAAAUGUUCGGGACUACCCAAUCACAAGUUGACUUUGAAGCUAGGAGUUGCUGUAAUGCUACUGCAAAAUAUAGACCAGACUUCAGGUUUAAACAACGGGACAAGAUUAAUAGUUAACGAAAUUGGCAACAACGUAAUUGGAGCGACGGUAGUGACCAAUAGAAAUAUUCGAGAUAAAGUGUACAUUCCAAGAAUGAACUUGAUCCCUUCAGAUUCAAGAUUGCCAUUUAAGUUCCAAUUGAGACAAUUUCCAUUAACAGUAUGCUUUGCAAUGACCAUUAACAAGAGUCGGGGUUAA